AGACAGGAGGAGGAAAAGCAGCCCGUCAGUGGAUGUGACACGCUUACAGAUCCAUAGAAAACAACCCAGCGAGCAGCAGCAAACCAUGAUCCAGCUCCAGCAGUGUGUUUAGCCUGCUCGAUUCAACCGGACGUCGGACUUUCUGUGUUAUUUCUCUUCCUACCCGUAUCAUCAGAGGCAGCAGCGCAAUGGUGGAGCAGUCGGAUCGAGCCCCACUGCUGGACUGGGAGGAGAUCCCACCGCCCGAUCCGAACCAGGCGGGCCCGCCGCCGCCUGCGCCGCCGCGGGAGGAAGACGCUCCGGCGGAAAAAAGUUCGCAGCCAGUCGGGCGGCGCACACAGACGGGCACUGCGGCUGGUAAUGGGUGGAGCAGUAGCAGUAGCAGCGACAACAGCACCGCCACCGCCACCACCACCAUCACCUGCAGCCCGUCUAGGAGUGUAACAGCUGUUGUUGCCAGCAGGGACGGAAGCCCCGGCCGUCCGCGUGCAGAUCUCCGUGGGCACGGGUGGACUCGCCCGGAGCCUCUCGGCACAGAUCGUAAUGUUCACUUCCCCGGCCUCUCGGUGAGGGAUCAGUGGGAGGAAAAGGACCAGAUCGUGGCUGUGUUUGUGGUUACCUUUGAUACGAGAUCAGGGAAUAUGGUAGAGUGGUGCCUGCCUCACGACAUCAACCUAGAUGGAGUUGAAUUCAAGUCAAUGGCCAGUGGUUCCCAUCGGAUCACCAGUGACUUUAUAUAUUUCCGUAAAGGCUGUUACUUCGGGCUGGCCUGUUUUGCUAACAUGCCUGUGGAGAGUGAGCUGGAGCGAGGAGCGAGGAUGAAGUCUGUGGGAAUCCUGUCUCCCUCCUACACGCUGCUCUACCGCUACAUGCACUUCCUGGAGAACCAAGUCAGACACCAGUUGCAGUGUCCAGGCCAGUAUUCUCCACUGGAGGCCUUCUAUGAGGAUAAGAAGGCAGUUCUUCCACCUAUAGGAAACGGCCUGGUCACUGCUUGUCCAACCUGGAGCGUUACCACCAUCAACCGCUGCAUGCACCCAGAAAUGAAGAUCACCCACCCAGCUGGCUGCAUGUCCCAGUUCAUCCAGUUUUUCGGGGAGCAGAUAAUGGUGCUGUGGAAGUUUGCACUGCUUAGGAAACGUCUUCUCAUCUUCUCCCCUCCUCCUGUAGGUGUUGUCUGCUACAGAGUGUAUUGCUGUUGCUCCCUGGCCAAUGUGUCUCUGCCUGGAAUCGGUGUCUCUGUGCCUGAAUUACGGCCUUUCUUCUACAUCAACAUAGCCGACAUCACUGCCCUGGAGACAGAGAUGUCAUACGUGGCCUGUACCACGGAGAAGAUUUUUGAGGAGAAGAAGGGGCUAUACGACGUCUACGUUGAUAACCAGAAUGUGAAAACACACAGAAGCCACUUGCAGCCGCUGCUCCGACUGAAUGCGGCAGAUAAGGAGAAGUACAGGAAACUGAGUGAACAGAGACAAAUGUUGCUGUACUCUCAGGAGGUGGAUGGAGACUGCACGUCAAAUGAAGAGGAUCUUUUCAUUCUGUUCUUCAUGGAGCUGAAUAACCGCAUCUUCCAGACCCUGUCAGAUGUAGCAGGGAGCACUGAUCCCACCCUAACCACUGAGCACGUGAGAGCCAUGGGGCUGGAUCCCCAGGGCGAUCGCUCCUUCCUGGUUGACCUGCUGGAGGUGUACGGUAUCGACGUCACCCUGGUCAUAGACAACCUUUGUUGCCCCUGAACCACGCCCACCCACCACCACCACCACAGCCUGGGAAACUCGGGAUGUCACUGGAUUAUCUGUGCCUUCAAGGCCCACACACACACACACACACACACACACACAUACACACACACACACACACACACACACACACACACACACACACACACACACACACACACACACACACACACCCACACACCAAGACACUGAAGACACUGAAGACACUGCCACCACCCUGGGGCUUCAUCUGUUGCCUGCUGUCCCCUCCUGGGUGUCUGUUUCCCCUCUGUGUGUGUCUCAUCUGACCUGUGGAGACUGUUUCCAACCAGCGUGGGUGAUAAGGACACUUAAGGUUGGUGCACUGGUCCACGGUGGAUGAUAAACAACUGCCUAGCAGACAGUGCAGCUUGGCAGCUUUGCGCUUUUGUAGCCAUUCACAUCCUAUAUCACACUGUGCUGUUUUUUUUUUUUUUUUUUUGUCAGAAAUACUGUUUUCUUGUGUGAGCUUGUCUGAGUUUGAUUCUGGCGUUAAGAGGCCAGGCUUUAAGCACUGGAUGAAAGCAUAAAAAGUUGUGAUCAGGUGUGGUCAUUGCAGCAGGAUGACUGAUCGUUCUCAUAUCAAUGAAGAAAGUCAGUGAUACAUUCACAAUCCUGCAGCUCUGGUGAUCACUUUUUUUUUUUUGAAGAAAAGAUCUUUAUGAUUUGGAAAAGUCUUUUAAGUUGUAGAAGUGAAUUAGUGUCCUUCAAGUUUCAUUCAGUAGACAUUCUAGCCUCCAUGAUAUGUGACAACUUCCCUGCUGUAAUACCAUAUUUAGGUGUACGAAUAAUGUGUCUUGCUCUCGUGAAAGCUACUUCUGGAGUUUGAAAAAUCAAAGCUUUUUGACCACUUUAUUUGCCUUUUCAAAAAGAAAGCAAUAUGAGUCUGUGCUGGUUGAAAGUUUUGGCCUUUUUAAUGUAUAUUCAACCUCACAGUCAUAUGCUUAGUGUUUCACAGCUGAAAGUGAGAGGUGAGUUAAAACUGAAACAUGUUGAGUGUGAUAACCUCUUUUUAUAAUGGGUAGGGUUAAUUAUUCUGACGGGAAAAGCUGUUAUGAAUAUAUAGUUCACGUGUAUGCACCUUCAGCACGAGGUAGAUCUGAUAAUGUGUCUCUGAUCACAGUUUAAGGGAAGUGAUUUGGAGAGGAGGAGGGGUUUGUGUUCUGGAAACUUUUUGUCAUGUUAUUUGUUUAAUUUGUCGUAAUUGGCAGAGGAUUUAUAAAUGAAUGUGACUCUACUGUAUAACACUAACUUAUCAUGAAUGCUGCACCAUGUCCUCCUCUGGACUGUUUCCUGAUGCACACAGUGAUCAUGCUUAACUAUGAUGUUUUUUUAUGUUUAUGACUUACAGUCUGAGCCAGCAAGUGGUUGUGGAAUGGAGGGGUUUGUGUAUGUGUGUGUGUUGUUUGCAAUACUGUAUACAGGCUUUCAAAAAAAUUUUUUUUUCUACUCAAACCAGCAGCUGGUUCAUCAGUGGAAGCUAAUAUAUCUGUUGUGAUCCUAUGAGUGAAGAGUCCUUGAUGGAGCCGUUUGUAGUUUACUUGUUGAUCAGCUUCAAAGACAUCCUCUCCAGUUGUCUGUGUCCAUGACAAAGAUCUCUUUGUGUUUUUGGAGAUCUGGUAAUGUCACAGUUUGGGGCUGGAGCAGGAGCUUUAACUCCUCCUCUGCAGGCAGAUUCACAGAAGGGCCCCCGUCUGUUCCGGCUGAGGGUUUCUCUCAUUCUUUUCAUCACAGCCCCAUUCAGUGAAUCCAGCUCUAGAGAUGGGCCAACUGUGUCUUUUGAAUACUGCUGGCAGACUGGUUUAGUUCAUCCAUCACAUUGCCAAUCGGAGUGAUAAUUUGUUCCAUGUUGGAACACAUGAGGCUGAUGUUUGCCUUGUAUAAAUUUGUAGUGGUUCUCAGCCUUGUCGUGGGCCCCCCUGAUGCAAGCUAAAACGCCAAGUCAUUUUUGAAACAUAUCUUUAUCUUCCUCUCCCCGCACAUUAUUAUUGGUGCUGUGUACUGUGUGUAUAUACACUGAGAGACACUGGAAACUGGAGUCAAAUUCCUCGUAUGCACAAACCAUACAUGGCCAACGAAGCAGAUUCUGAUUCUGAUCAUUUACUGGUAAUCACUGAGGAAACAAAUAUUCCUUUAAUUUCAUUGUCCUAUUCCAAACAUGCUCUUUCAGGGUUCUGAUCCCCAGGUUGAGAACUGCUAGUUUUAUAGACUGUAUUGUACAGGAUGUUUUCUGCAUUGGUUAAAAAAUGAAGAAAGUGCAUUAAGUGUGUUGUAUAUGAAAAAAAGGGCACUUAAGCUUUGUUGUUUAAAUGAGGCCUUAAGGAAAUGUGACUUUCUCAAACUUACUUCAGCAAAGUGACCGACUCUUAACUGUAUGUGCGUCAACAUUAUUUGCUAAAAAGAUUAAGUCCAUUGUCCUUAGCAAUUCUGAAUGACCUUACUGUCUCCAGUGAAACCUGUUGACUCUAUUUGCUUUUCAGCAGAUGUGUUUUCUUGCCUUUGACGGUGUUUGCUUUACAGCUGUAUGUUAAAUGUAAAAGGGAAUGUACACAACACACACCACUGUAUAAAAUGCCUUCUUUGUGGGGUCGUUCACUGAUGUGUACCAGCAUUAGCUAAACGAAUCGUUUGUACAGCGUUUGUCACUCUACUGAAUGUCAAAGACAGCGAAACAAUUGCACACAUGCAGCAGCACAUCCAAAUAGUGUAACCGUUUUCUUCUUGAUUGUAAUGUAAUUCAAGAUUAUCCACAGAGUAACAGUUAAAGUCUUCACCUUUACUAAUGUGAAACACUGUAAGAGAUGUCAGUAAUGUACACAUGAACUCAAUAGCAUGAGCAACUGUUAAUUUCACUGUACUGCCAUUGUAAAACAAUAAAACAUUGAUACAGGUUAAA